GACUUCCUGUUGAAAGACUGUUGACUGGUAGAAGGGGAUGAGGUCCUUGGAAGAUAAUAAAACUACCCAAUGAAACCGGAAUAGAAGUUCAGUCACAAUGAGCUGGAUUCCCUUCAAGAUUGGGCAACCAAAGAAGCAGAUUGUCUCUAAAACCGUUGAAAGAGACUUCGAGCGAGAAUAUGACAAGCUCCAAAAGCUGGAGGAUCAGACGAAAAAGCUUCACAAGGACAUGAAGAAAAGCACUGAGGCUGAUUUAGCCAUGUCCAAAGCAGCAGUGAAGAUCUCCUCAGACCUGCUGAGUAACCCGCUGUGUGAGCAGGACCAGGCCUUCCUGGAGUCCAUGACCUCUUUAGAUACGGCCAUGAGAAGGAUGGACUCCUUCAACCAGGAGAAGGUCCUCCAGAUCCAGAAGACGGUUAUUGACCCUCUGAAAAAGUACAGCGGCGUCUUCCCCAGCCUCAACAUGGCAGUGAAGCGCCGGGAGCAGGCUCUGCAGGACUACAAACGCUUGCAAUCCAAAGCGGAGAAGUAUGAAGAGAAGGAAAAAACCGGGCCGGUUAUGGUGAAACUACAUCAGGCCAGAGAGGAGCUCCGGCCGGUCAGGGAGGACUUCGAGGCCAAGAACAAGCAGCUGCUGGACGAGAUGCCCAAGUUUUACUACAGCCGCAUCGACUACUUCCAGCCCAGCUUUGAGGCUCUCAUCAGGGCGCAGGUUGUCUAUUUCACCGAAAUGUACAAGAUCUUCAGCGAGUUAACGGACCAGAUCGACCAGGCCGGGCUGACUGACGAGCAGAGGGAGAGGGAGACCGAGGCCAAGCUCAGCGAGUUGCGUGCUCUGUCCAUUGUCGCCGACGACUGAGGGGGGAACGCCGAAAACCGGGGAAGGGCUCCUUUCAUGCCUCUCUGAAUGGAUUGCAGUCUUUUCAGGCUCCUUCGUGCAGUUCAAACGGACAGCAAUGGCCUUAACCUGAUUAUCAGAUUGUUUCCUUGCGGCCUCAUAACCCCCCCUCCCCCCAUUCCUCUCGCACUACACACCCAUGUUUCAUUGUUUCUACAGAGACUCUGCAACUCAAAGCAGCUGAAAUGCCACAUUAACUAAGCCAUCAGCCAAGUGCAGCAUUAUAAGCCAAUAUGUUUUGUGUUUUUUUGUAAAGGAAUCAAACAGUUCUCAUCAGAACUAAUUAACAAGGUUACACUUUGUGGUUUUAGAGAUGCGUUACAAGCAUGAAUGUUUUUAUUGGUCACAUCUGCAUUGUUACUAACAAUCUGUGAAACUGUUUUUAAUCACAAACACUGCAGGCUGAAUGUUCUGUAAUAUAUUGCAGGUUACCGGCAAGAAAAUGUCAGUCUAUAUUUCGGCCUUUGCUGGUUCUCUCUUUAAGUUUAGCUUUGUGCCAUGUUGUGUGAGGGGCUUGUUUUUGGGGGGUUUACAGGAUGGUUUUGGCAACAUCACCUGUGCAUUAAGUGCCUACAUUGUCCCGGCUGUGGAUGUAACAUGAAAACUAUCUAAAGUGAGAUUGUGCCUGUGCAGCGGUGUUGAAAGGUCGACCUCUCAAGACUGCAGAGAGAACAAGUUGCUGUUGAAGUCUCAUUAAAAACAAAGGCUGGUGCUCCCUCUAGUGGAAAAUACUAAUCAUGACAAUUUCCUUUUAUUCACACCAUCCAUCCUUUGUUGUAUUGUGGUUCAGUUCGUCUGGUAGCCUCACAUUGUUGGCAAAGAAAGUCCUUUCUCUGUAACUUCUCAACCAGGGUUGAAUAUUUUUUGAUUUUUGGACCAAAUUCUAUUGUCAUUGCACUCCUUUGUUUCCACCUUUAUCAGGUACUGCUUCAGUAUGAUCAACAUACCACAUGGUGACGCGCACACUGUUUCAAUAUCAUGUUCGGGGAUUUUUUAAAAAGGUGUCUCACCAAGAAGUUUAUUUGUUCUCCCACAUUUUGAAAUUAUUGAAACAAAUGCUUAGUUGAUUGACUGUCUUUGAGUUCUGUUAUGUUUUACUCGCGUGUAUUAAUGCACCUAAUACUGUAACAAUAGAGUGGGCUAAUUUAGGUUUUUUGAAUGUAUUAACACCAAAAUGUGUGAAAUGACUUUCAGCCAUCAUCGUAAUGUAUCAUGAAAUAAAUUAACUGACGAUAGAAACCAUGUA